GCGGCAGCUGCGCCGGUUGAGUCAGCUUUAGUCCCACUCUGCUCGCCUCCCGCUCUGAAACUCUGCUGUCAGGGGAGCCAGUCACCCCUCGAAGGUGCUCCCUCCAUACUGGACCCCCACAGGGAACCAGGUGUGCCCAGCCGGGGCACUGCCCCAGCUAAUGCCCCAGAGCGCCCACAUAUCUCAAGAGGGGCUCUGGGCCCUGCCCUGCCCCCUCAUGGCGCACGAGUUGGAGCCUGAGGCCGCCGGGCUAUUGGACCUCAGUUUCCUGACGGAGGAAGAGCAGGAGGCGAUUGCAGAGGUCCUGAAGAGAGACGCGCACCUGCGCCAGCGGGAGGAAGGCCGUGUAAGCAAGCUCCGGGCUUCACUGGCCGACCCUGGGCAGCUGAAGAUCCUGACGGGAGACUGGUUCCAGGAAGCUCGUGCCCAGAGACACCACCACACCCACCUUGGCUCCGACCUUGUCCGAGCCUCUUUCCGCCGGAAAAAGAGUUCCAGGGGAGACCAGUCUCCGGGCCUCCAGAAGGCCGAGGCUGCUGGCAAAGGGAGUGAAGAGGAGCCGGAACCUAGGCUCCCUGACGAAGAGGCCCCUCAAGAGAGGUUCAUCCCGGCAGAGGUACCUGAUUCCUCCACCCCAUACGCAUCUCCAUGGGCUUCUGAUCAGGAGGACGGGCCCCAUGCCCAAGAAGCCCCUAGUCCUGGGGGCGAACAGGUCUGCACCGAGGAGAAGGCGUCGCCCGAGCCGCGGUCGCGGGGCACCGAGGAGCCAACGCCCCCUCCAGCUCAGAACCAGGCCGCGUCCGAGGCCCACGAGAAUGGGGAGGAGACGCCGGGACGCUGUCCCUCCCUCGACCGCAUGCUCAGCAGCAGCUCCUCGGUGUCCAGCCUCAACUCCUCCACGCUGAGCGGCAGCCAGAUGAGCCUGUCCGGAGAGGCGGAGGCGGGCGCCGUGCAGGUGCGCGGCUCGGUGCACUUCGCGCUGCGCUACGAGCCGGGCACCGGCGAGCUGCGCGUGCACGUGAUCCAGUGCCAGGGCCUGGCGGCCGCGCGCCGCCGCCGCUCCGACCCCUACGUCAAAAGCUACCUCCUCCCUGAUAAGCUGAGCAAACGCAAGACGGCGGUGAAGAAACGGAACCUGAACCCCGUCUUCAACGAGAUUCUCCAGUACUCCGUCCCGCAGGCCGAGCUCCUGGGUCGCGUGCUGAGCCUGUCCGUGUGGCAUCGCGAAAGCCUGGGUCGCAACAUCUUUCUGGGAGAAGUCGAAGUGCCCCUGGACACGUGGAACUGGGACUCUGAGGCCACCUGGCUCCCUCUGCAGCCCCGGGUCCCGCCGUCGCCCGACGACCUCCCCAGCCGCGGGCUGCUCUCGCUGUCCCUCAAGUACGUCCCUGCUGGUGCUGAGGGCGCAGAUCAGCCCCCCAGCGGGGAGCUGCACUUCUGGGUGAAGGAAGCCCAGGACCUCAUUCCACUGCGCUCAGGAUCCCUGGAUUCUUACGUACAAUGUUCUGUGCUGCCCGAUGACAGCCGAGCCGGCCGCCAACGAACAAGGGUGGUACGCCGCAGCCUCAGCCCCAUGUUCAACCACACCAUGGUCUACGAUGGCUUUGGGCCUGCUGACCUGCGCCAGGCCUGCGCUGAGCUGUCCCUCUGGGACCACGGGGCCCUGGCCAGCCGCCAGCUGGGGGGCACACGUCUCAGCCUGGGCACAGGUAGCAGCUAUGGGCUGCAGGUGCCCUGGAUGGAUUCCACCCCUGAAGAGAAGCAGCUGUGGCAGACUCUCCUGGAGCGACCGUGUGAGUGGGUGGAUGGCCUCCUGCCCCUCCGAACCAACCUGGUCCCCCGGACAUAGCUGUCCCAGCAGUCCUGUCAAACUCUCUGCACCCCCAUCUCAGAGCCUGCCCUUGGCUAAGGUCAAUAAAGUCUAUCCUAAGGACAAUGAGGGGCUGAUGUCUGCUUGGGGAGCAGGG